AUGCCUUUCCUCCUGGGUCUCAGACAGGACAAGGAAACCUGCAUGGGUGUCAACAAUCAAAGUUACAUAUGUGAAACGGGCCACUGUUGUGGACAAUCCCAGUGUUGCAACUACUACUAUGAACUCUGGUGGUUUUGGCUGGUGUGGACCAUCAUCAUCAUCCUCAGCUGCUGUUGCGUUUGCCAUCACCGACGCACCAAGCACCGUCUGCAAGCCCAGCAGCGGCAGCACGAGAUCAACCUGAUUGCUUACCGGGAAGCCCAUAACUAUUCAGCCCUGCCCUUCUAUUUCCGGUUUUUGCCAAAUUAUUUACUACCUCCCUACGAGGAAGUGGUGAACCGACCGCCGACCCCC